GUUGAACUGCUUGUCGUCUUGGUUACAAAAAGCGGGUGUACGAUGUCAGAAUUAUUGGCCCAAGCUGGAUUGUAUAUCGAUGAUUUUUAUAAACUGAGGAUAGUUGAUCCAAAAGUCACUCAGGAGACCAACGAACUUAAGGAAGAAUGUGAAAAAUACAUUACAAAAAUGACUGACUUUCAAGUAAUUGUUGGUGAUCUCCUCAAUUUAAUUAGUUUUGUUGCCGAAAAAGUUGAAUCACAGAAAUUAAAAGCAAUCGGUUCACGAAAUUUACUUGUGUCUAUUGAAAAACAAAGGCAAUCACAACAGAAACAUUUGGAAUCUCAAAUUUUAAAGAAAAAGAAAGAUAUCGAACGAUUAAAUGUUCAGCUGCAAUUAUUACAAAAAGAAGAAGCUGAGCAGACAGAAUUUAUUGAACGUUUUCUUAUGGGUCGUUGAAAUACAGACGGAAGGCAUACUGAGAGUACUGAUAACUGAUUGUUUCUGAGCAUUGUAUUUACUGAUAUUUCUUUGAUUCAUAAAAUAUAUACUUACUC